AUGACAGACACAACAUACAACAGUUGGGGCUGUUCGGCAGAUCGUUUCGAUGGCUCCAUGUGUCUCGGUAUCGAUCUAGGCACGACGAACUCAUGUGUCGGAAUUUGGCACAUUGAGCGUCAUCAUGUCAAAAUUCUAAAAAAUCGCGUGGAUCGAGGUCGUACAACGCCUUCUGUUGUUCGAUUUGACCCAGAUAGUCAACAUGUAGAUGUCGGUAAUGAGGCUGUAAAAUUGGAGACGCUAAAUCCUGUCAAAAACACAAUCCGCUCGGUCAAAAGACUACUUGGUCAAAAAUUCAAGAGUCAAGCAACUGAUGUGGCUAGAAUCUAUGCCUCUUAUGACGUGGUCCCCACAGAUCAAGGCAAUGUAGCGAUACAAGUAGCUCGAGGAAAAAAGAAGGUUUACGUGCAACCUGAAGAGAUUUCGGCUUGUGUGCUGAAAGAACUUAAAUCUUCAGCUGAAAGCUAUUUUGACGGACACACCAUUUUUGACAAUGUGGUGAUUACCGUUCCUGCAUAUUUCAGUGAUUCUCAAAGAAAAGCGACACUUAUUAGUGCAUCCAUGGCUGGAUUUAAAGCUAUAAGACUAUUGAACGAACCUACAGCAGCGGCGAUGGCGUACGGAUUGUUUUUGUCAGGGAAGAAAUUGGUAACAGUUUUUGACUUUGGAGGAGGGACAUUGGAUGUAUCGUUGCUGAGUAUUGAAGACGGCAAAUUUGAGGUUUUAGGGAUUGGAGGGGAUACAAAUUUAGGAGGAGACGAUAUCGAUAAUGUCCUGGUAGAACAUUUGCUGGAGGUCUUGUAUAAGCAUCAUGAUGUGACUCGAGCACAAGUGGAAGAUGCAGACAUGGUGAGACUGAAGAGAGAGGUGGAGAAGGCCAAGAUUAAACUCUCGGAAGAGGACUAUGCGGAUAUUGUCGGUUUAAAAAUUUCUGCUGUGCCCAAGUUCAAGUAUACGCUCACGCGACGCAAAUUUGAAGAGCUGUGUGACCCGAUCUGGAAAAAGUGCCUUCGGAUCGUGUCGAGUGUGCUGAAAGAAGCAGAGGUAGAAACUACUGAUAUUGAUGAAGUGAUCCUUGUGGGAGGCUCCACUCGAAUCCCGAUUUUGCGCACAAAGAUCUCAGAGACUUUUGAUGGCAAGGAACUGUGCAUGUCCGUUAAUGCUGACGAAGUGGUGUGCGAGGGAGCCGCUAUCCAGGCAGCCAUCUUGAGCGGCAUAGACCAGCGCGUGUUCCGCGACGUGCUCAUGAUGGAUGUCCUCCCACUGCCUAUUGGACUUGAGACGGCGGACGGGAGCAUGGAGGUGAUCCUCCCUAGGAAUGCACGGAUCCCAACAACGGUGACGAAGUACUUCCAGACCUAUAAAGACAAUCAGCGUGGACUAACCGUCGAGGUCUAUGAAGGUGAAAAGGAGAUUGCCAAGGAAAAUGAUCACAUCUGCUACUUCAAUUUUGCAAUUCCUCGAAACAAAAUUGGUAAAGCGGGCGAAUUCGCUCAUCCCGUCACUUUCACCAUGAAUGCUAGUGGAAUUCUGCAGGUGCAGGCCGGAGUUCAUCAUGAUUCUGAGGAAACGCCCAUGUCAAAGGCUGCAAUAUUCCUCAUGAUGGGCUACAUCUUCGCACUCUUUGCCUUCUACGUAUUUUUGCGCAUCUUUUUCACCGAGGAGAGAAGUAUUGCCGCAUGA